AUGUCGCGCCUGACCCCCGUGUGCUGCCUCCGGGGACUCCCGCUGCUCUGGUCGCUGCUGCUGCUGUUGCUGCCGCCUCCGGCUGCCCCCGGCCCUUUGGACCGCCCGGGCAUCCGCAUCCGGAGGCCGGAGAUCCGAGGCCCCGGCGGCAGUCCCGGGCGCAGCCCUGCUCCCACCAGCGCACCCCAUGCCGGGGCCACCCAAGGGCCAGGGGUUUGCAAGACCAGGCCUCUGGACUUGGUGUUUAUCAUCGAUAGUUCUCGUAGCGUCCGGCCCCUGGAGUUCACCAAAGUGAAAACCUUCGUGUCCCGGAUCAUCGACACCCUGGACAUCGGCGCGUCCGACACGCGGGUGGCCGUGGUGAACUACGCCAGCACGGUGAAAAUCGAGUUUCAGCUGCAGACCUACUCCGAUAAGCGGUCCCUGAAACAGGCCGUGGCGCGGGUCCGCCCGCUAUCCACAGGCACCAUGUCCGGGCUGGCCAUCCAGACGGCGAUGGACGAAGCGUUCACCGUGGCAGCAGGAGCUCGGGGACCCGGCUCCAACAUCCCCAAAGUGGCCAUCAUCGUGACCGACGGGAGGCCCCAGGACCAAGUGAACGAGGUGGCGGCCCGGGCGCGGGCCGCGGGCAUCGAGCUCUACGCCGUGGGCGUGGACCGGGCAGACCUGGAGUCCCUCAGGAUGAUGGCCAGCGAGCCUCUGGAUGAGCAUGUCUUCUACGUGGAGACCUACGGGGUCAUCGAGAAGCUGUCCUCCAGAUUCCAGGAGACCUUCUGUGCUGUGGACCCGUGCGUGCUUGGUACACACCAGUGCCAGCACGUGUGCAUCAGCGAUGGGGAUGGAAAGCACCACUGCGAGUGUAGCCAGGGAUACACCCUGAACGUGGAUAGGAAAACCUGUUCAGCUAUUGAUAAGUGUGCCCUUAGCACUCACGGGUGUGAACAUAUCUGUGUGAAUGAGAGAAGCGGCUCUUACCACUGCGAGUGCCAUGAAGGUUAUACCCUGAAUGCUGACAGGAAAACAUGUUCAGCUCAAGACAAAUGUGCAUUGGGUACACUUGGCUGUCAGCACAUUUGUGUGAACGAUGGAGCUGGGGCCUAUCAUUGUGAGUGCUUUGAAGGCUACAGCCUGAAUGCAGAUAAGAAAACCUGUUCAGUGGAUAACAAAUGCGUUCUGGGUACUCAUGGCUGCCAACACAUUUGUGUGAGUGAUGGGGUUGCAUCCUACCACUGUGACUGUUUCCCUGGCUACAUCCUGAAUGAAGAUAAGACGACAUGUUCAGCUGUUGAAGAAGCACGGAGUCUCAUUUCCACGGAAGAUUCUUGUGGCUGUGAAGCCACCGUGGCAUUCCAGGAAAAAGUUAGCUCCUAUCUUCAAAGACUGAACACCAAACUCGAUGACAUUCUGGAGAAGUUGCAAGUAAAUGAAUAUGGACAAGUACAUCGUUAAAAAUACUCAGAUUUUUUCAUAUGGAAAUGUGGAGAAUUUAUGUGUUUAGUUCUUAUCCUUUUGUUCACUUGUUUCUUCAAAUGUUCCUCCCAGUAAUUUGCCAUUAUUAUGCCUUGGUAUUACUGGAUAAAUAGUAUGAGGCUUUUCUGGAGAAGCAAUAUUAUUUUCUAAGGAAAUAAGUGUGCAGAACUUUAUUAAAAGCACACUUUAGUUUGUCUAUGCUAUGACUGUGAAAUGGUUGCUAGGAAGUAGAAUAAAAUGUUUAAUGUUUUAUUAGCUACUAAUUGAGCCAUUUAACUAUUAAUUAUUAGAUGAGUAAAGAUAGUCAUGUGGGUAAUGGGAACAUCAGAUCUAUUUUCUCUUGAUAAUAUUUAUAAUAUGUAAAAAUCUUAUGAGUAUAACUUUUACAGAGUUAUAUAUAAAGUUACAAAGUAUACAAAAGUUACAUAUAAAAGGCUUAUAUGAUUAAAUUGUGAUAUAUAAUUUAGAACUGUUCACAAUUUAACACUUGUAUUGUGCAUAAUUUUACUGAGCAUUAUUGAAUCUAUGAUCAAGGGAUUGCAAUAUAUUAAAAAAACUAUUAACACAAAGUACUAUUAGUGAACAUUGAAUACCAACCUAAAUUCAUUCUGGCCUUAUAAAUUUACAACAAAUAAACAUUAAUUGUAAAUAGGAUAUUAAACUUUUUACCAAGGCCAAAAAAGGAAAACACAACCCUAAAUUUACUUUAUUAUUUUGCUUUGGGAUCAAUUAAUAAGUUUAUGUAAAAUUGACAUAACAAGUAAUAAAAUCUAAGAUUGUCUUAUUUAAUGUUAGUAGGAAACCUAAU